AUGAUCGAGGAGAUUCUUACCGAAGACCCACUGGAGCUUGCACUAGUGCGAGCCGAGGCCAAACAGAGUGUCGUGAACAUUGAUGCAGAUGGGUAUGCCAAGAUACUUGACUCCGCAAGGAGUAUGGGAAGAAUGGUAGCAAGUUUAAGUCUGGAGGAGGAGAGCAACAGGGUCGAAACCACUCCAACUAGAGCGACCCCUACACCGAACUCGCCUGUUCUUUUGAACCAACCAGAGGAUCCCUGGAGCGAGCUUAAAGCUCUCAAGGUUGAGCUAAAACCCCUUCCCAAGGGGCUCAGGUAUGCUUUCUUAGGUCCGAAUUCCACAUAUCCUGUCAUUGUCAAUGCUGAGCUAAAUAAUGUGGAAACUGCAUUGCUUUUGUGUGAGCUUAAGAAAUAUCGUAAGGCAUUAGGAUAUUCGCUAGCGGACAUACCUGGCAUUUCACCUGAUUUAUGCAUGCAUAGAAUACACCUAGAAGAUGAAUCAAUGAAUUAUGUCGAACAUCAGAGGAGGUUAAACCCGAAUCAAAAAGAUGUCGAUAAGAAAGAGAUUAUGAAACUUCUUGAAGCAGGUGUAAUCUAUGCCAUAUCUGAUAGUAAAUGGGUCAGCCCUGUUCAUGUAGUACCUAAGAAAGCAACUAGAAAGGAUCACUUCCCACUCCCUUUUAUCGACCAAAUGCUUGAGAGAUUGGCUAACCACCCAUAUUACUGCUUUUUAGAUGGUUAUUCAGGUUUCUUUCUGAUCCCUAUCCAUCCAGACGAUCAGGAGAAGACGAUGUUCACCGACCCCUUUGGAACGUACGCUUACAGGAGAAUGCCAUUCGGCCUGUGCAAUGCGCCAGCAACAUUUCAGCGUUGCAUGAUGUCAAUCUUUACUGACCUGAUCGAAGACAUUAUGGAAGUUUUCAUGGACGAUUUCAGCGUCUAUGGAAGCUCGUUUAAUGUCUUUUUGUCAAACUUGUGCAGGGUACUAAAAAGGUGUGAGGAGAAACAUCUCGUGCUCAACUGGGAGAAGUGCCACUUCAUGGUCACAGAUGGGAUUGUUGUGGAGCACAAGAUCUCCAAGAAAGUAAUUGAGGUGGAUAAGGCAAAGAUCGAGGUGAUGAUGAGUUUGAAACCACGAACAAAUGUGAAAGAUAUCAGGAGUUUCUUGGGUCACGCUGGGUUUUACAGACGGUUUAUCCAGGACUUCUCAAGGAUAGCGAGACAACUCACCAGACUGCUGUGCAAGGAGAUCAAGUUCGAUUUCGACAGUGAGUGUCUAGGUGCGUUCCACACCGUCAAAGGAGCUCUAGUCAGCGCACCUGUUGUGCAACCGCCAGACUGGGAUCUCCCUUUCGAAAUCAUGACUGAUGCAAGCGACUUUGCAGUUGGAGCAAUACUUGGGCAGCGCAAGGAUAAGAAACUUCAUGUGAUCUAUUACGCGAGCAAAACAAUGGAUGAAGCUCAGUGCAGAUACGCCACAACAGAGAAAGAACUCAUGGCUAUUGUUUUUGCAUUCGAGAAGUUCAAAUCCUACCUGGUGGGAUCUAAGGUGAUUGUGCACACAGACCAUGCUGCUCUUAAGUAUCUGCUCACAAAGAAAGAUGCGAAAUCAAGGUUGUUAAGGUGGAUUCUUCUCCUCCAAGAAUUCGAUCUUGAGAUAAAGGAUAAGAGAGGAGUCGAGAAUGGGGUUGCAGACCAUCUGUCCAGAAUGAAGAUUGAUGACGACACAACUCUUGAUGAAGAACACCCAGUGGAACACGUCAAUGCGAUUGGUCUGCGUUUCGCAGAACAACCUCUGCGAAUCACAACUGACUGCUCUAGCAUCGCGGAACAACCUCUGGGAAGGAGAUCCGAUUGUUAUCACGUCGCGGAACAUCCAGUCGCCGUAAUCCAAAAGCAGUACUCUCACCUCCUGUGGUUUGCUGAGAUUGCGAAUUUUCUUGCUGCUGAAAAGCAACCCCUUAAGUUCACUGGAAACGACAAGAGGAAUUUUUUAAGGGAGGCGAGGCAUUAUGUUUGGGAUGAACCAUUUUUGUACAGGCAUGGCAAGGAUGGCUUGUUCAGAAGAUGUGUUCCAGAGGCAGAUAUUCCAGGAAUCCUACAUCACUGCCAUGGUUCACCUUACGCAAGCCACUUCGCUACAUUCAAAACGGUUUCCAAAAUCCUUCAAGCAGGUUUCUGGUGGCCAACUAUGUUCAAGGAUGCUCAAGCCUACAUAGCCAGGUGCGAUGCAUGCCAACGACUUGGGAACAUCAGCAAGAGGAAUGAGAUGCCUCAGAAUUACAUUUUAAAGGUUGAGGUGUUCGACUGUUGGGGAGUCAAUUUCAUGGGACCAUUCCCUUCGUCCUUCAAGAACGAGUACAUCCUCGUCGCCGUUGACUAUGUAUCUAAGUGGGUAGAAGCGAUAGCAAGCCCUACUAAUGAUGCAAAAGUGGCGACUAAGAUGUUCAGCUCCAUCAUCUUUCCGAGGUUUGGAGUGCCUCGAGUCGUCAUUAGCGAUGGUGGAACACACUUCAUCAACAAGACGAGUGGACAGGUUGAGGUUUCCAAUAGGGAGAUCAAGAGCAUUCUCCAGAAAACUGUCAACAUUUCACGAAAGGAUUGGUCACUUAAGCUGGACGAUGCAUUAUGGGCCUACAGAACAGCCUACAAAACGCCGCUGGGAACAACUCCCUAUCACCUUGUCUACGGUAAAGCAUGUCAUCUCCCUGUCGAGCUAGAAUACAAAGCUGCAUGGGCAGUCAAGUUACUGAAUUUCGACAUCAAGCCAGCCACCGAGAGACGCAUGAUCCAAAUCCAUGAGCUGGUAGAGAUAAGGCACCUAGCCUAUGAAAGCUCCAAAAUUUACAAGGAGAAGACCAAGGCCUACCAUGACAAGCGCAUCAUUGCCAGACAUUUCGAACCAAACGAUAAGGUCUUGCUUUUCAAAUCAAGGUUGAGGUUGUUCCCAGGCAAGCUGAAGUCUAGAUGGUCCAGACCCUUCACUGUUAAGGAAGUUCGACCCUACGGAGUUGUUGUGUUACUGGACAGAAAAGGAGACGAGUUUGUAGUGAACGGGCAGCGCUUAAAGCAUUACCUUGCUGACUCCACUAUCGCAGAGGGCGAAGAAGUUCCCCUAAGCGAUCCCCCAUCAGCCUUGGAGUAUCAGGAGGUUUUGGAGUGA